AUGCUGACCCCAUUCAAGAUAUUGUUCGUCGCUUUUUGCUCUUGCAUGCUUGUCCUCAACUCGCAUGGAGGCGGAUAUCAUGCCUGGGAUGUUCCAAUGGACAAUUUUGUGAGCUUCCAAAAGGCCUCCUACGCAACAACACUCCUCUACGUCCCCACAGUCUUCGUCGUGAAAUUAGCCCUUCUUGCUAUAAUGCUACGCAUUUUUGCCCCAGAUCCUACCAAGGCCACUGUGAUCUACAUCAGCGUCGCCGUCCUGGUCUGUUACUACAUCCCGAUGUGGUUCAUCAAGAUCUUCUUCUGCAGGCCCAUUUCUGCAUAUUGGAAUGGUCCGCUAGACAAGUGCAUCAACCAGCAGAAGGUCAUUAUUGCCGACUCGGUCCUUAGCAUCGUCAGCGACCUAUGGAUUCUCAUCCUCCCAGUACCGAUGCUGUGGUCCCUGCAGAUUACGCGGGUCAAGAAAAUACGUGUUUCCGGUAUCCUGGGUGCGGGAGGACUGGCCACGGCAUUCAGCAUCUGGCGUCUAGUGAUCAUGGUGGAGGAGGGCAAAACAACGGAUACGACAUAUUUCUGGAUUCAUGCCGUGUUAACUGCAAAUGCCGAAGCAGGAAUCGGUCUCAUCUGUGCGUGCCUGCCUAUGCUGAAUGUCCUCUUUGCCACUGUCAAGAACAAGAGCAGCGAGGCCUCCCACAGAAAAUACCCAGGCAGCCGCGAGCUCGAAACUUGGCAGAAGACCGCGUCGAGGAAGAGCCGCUCCGUCUUCUUCACGGGCCAUCAUAACGACGAGGCGCAGCUCAUAUCGACGAUCCAGGGACCAGAGCCGCACGAGGGAUCGUGGUCCAGUCUAUCGUCGCAUCCGACGACUGCAGAUCAACAGGUGAUUCACAAGGAUGUGACCGUGUCGCAGAGUUAUGAGAUUGUAAAAUAG